CCCCGAAAUAGGCUUGCCUUUUCCAUCUCCGCUUUCCGGCUUUGCAGCUAGUCAUGCGAAAGAUUACGUGGGAAACGCAGCCACUUCGAACUUCACAGACAAGUUGUGAGACUGUCGGUUGCCACAGAACUUGCUGUCCAGAUACUUUGGUGGGCGGGUUAGAGAUGGUGAAACAUUGCCUUUCUCGUUUAGGUUGCCAUUCGUAGCCCUCGCAGCUUCUAAAGUUGGAACUGUCAAGUUUCUUACACCAUCACCCAACUCUCAAUGUUUGAUGGAGUGUCAAGGUUGGAGUCAAGGUUGAGUGAUUGAGGGGGUGCGUUUUGUUGGCGGUAACGGAGAAAUGGAGUCACUUCAAAGGGAGAUCAUGGUGAGAGACAACCCAGGUGACGGCGACAGCAGCCAAAGCAUAGUGCUCCAGUGUGGAGCGCCUGGGGAUGUGGAGCAAGGGGAAGAAAUGGUAUGUGGUGAAACUCGCGGUAGUGGGAUGAGCCUGUCGGCAGCCUUGCAGGCAUACUGUGGGGGGUUGCAGUCAGAAAAGUUAGUAGAGAGAUUGGGGAUGCAAAGGCUGGCGCGAGGUCUUGCUGCAGAGUUUGAGAAGUGGGGUGACUUGGAGAAGGUGUGGCGCGUGGCCAAGAAUGCCUGUGAGACGGGUGUUGGUUUGGCAGGUGACAGCGAAGAUCUGGUGAGAGCUCGUGUUCCGAAUCAAUCGGUUGGAGACCUCACGAAAGACUGCUUCCACAGCGAGCGUGGUUACCGAAGAAGUGUUGGGAAAGGACGACGCCAGACACGGAAAAGCUUCAUGCCCCGAAGGUUUGGAGUUGACGAUUCUCGUGACGAGGUCCAGAGGGAUUCCACUAAGAAAAAGAAAGAGGAAAUCAAGGACUCUUAUCCAGUGUCAGGGUAUAAUUGGGCUUUAUCGUCUUGCUCAGAUGCUACAGAUAGCGAGACUGAGCAAUGCACUAGAAAGAAAAGCAAUGUAAAGAGGAAGAGGAAAGAAAAUGAUGCAACUGAGACCCCGCAAAUGAGGCGUGAAAUGUUUUGCAAACGUACUAGCGCUCAAAGGUCAAGCAGCUUACGAGAUCAAGAAGAAUCUGUAGACUGCGACGAGGAGUUGACAGGAAUGCAAGCUCUCUUGGAAAUGCAAUUAAAGGCCUCGGAGAGUAGUGAAGCAGGAAUGAAUCAGUGUAUGGAGAUGGUGAUGGAUAUGCUAUUCGUAUACACGGGGCACGCGGAGAAGCGUGUCAGCCACCUUGAAGAGCUGGCGCAACCGAACGAGCAAGUCUUGGACAGAAUCAGUGAUAAGCUAGAGAAGGUUAUGGAAGGGUUGACUACUUUGAACGAGAACCUGACAGUCCUGUCCGCCUGCUUAUUCAGCAAUUUAGGGCCUCAACGACCCCAUUGAUUUGAUAUUGUACAUUUCACCUGUGUUGUCAAGAUUUGUAUCUUUUCGUUGCAAAACAGAAACUCGAUGAGGAAAACAAGUAGGGCAGAGAAAGAUCCAGGUCAGAAGUGUUUAGAGAUACCGUUGUGGUGCAGGCGCGUUUCUUUUGAUCGCAUUCCUGUUGUGGGAGCAUAUGUACAUAUUGCAUCAGUUGUUGAACAUACUACUUGGAGAUUCAAAUCGGAUCAUACAAGAGUUUCACAUU